GCAGCAGACAGACACAAGGGAAAGACGAGAAGGAGAGAGGCAGACCGACUGGGAACAGAACAAAAAAACAAGUCCAGCAAUGGGAGACAUCCGCAGACAGACGUUGAUGCAGACGGACUGACAGCCUACCUGAAGGCUGUUCGGAUGUCUGCCGUGUGCGAAACAGACGACAGAAGAAGAAGAAACGGAGGAGAAACAUGAGUCGGCAACAGGCUCAGGGAGUGGUUUUAACUAGUUACCACAGCAACGCCGAACUCUUACCGCAGACCGGACUGUGUUCGUCCAGCUGUCCGUCCGGACCGGACCGGGACAUCGACGUGCUCAGCCGUAAAACAGGCCAGUACACUCUUCAGCAGAACCCAUAUAUCCAACAAGAAGACAAAUCUGAACCUUCCUUGACUACAAACAGCGCAAAGUCCAGCAGCACCAAUGCAUCGGUGGGCCUCGGCUCUAGUUCUGCGGGCAGCUCCAGGUCCCAGCCGUUCUCCAGUCCCAGGCACAGCCCCAACACCAGAACCAGACACCCGCUCAAAUGUCAGCGCAGCUUUUCUCAGGAUUCGCUGAACGAGCAGGAGAUGGACGACUACUGGAAGGAGGUCGAGAAUAUCACCAGCUCAGGAGGAGGAGGAGCAGGGAGGGCAGAAGGAGAAGUUCAAGAGGAGGAGCAGCAAAAAGCUCCUGAAGUUAUGUUCCAGUGUUUGUUUCAUUCAGAAGGCGAGCAGGAGGAGGCGUGGCUUGCAGAGGCGGGGCUAACACGGCUCUUUGAUGAUUCGUUGGAAGCUGAUGAUCACGACCAGGAAGAAGACAGUGCUGUGUUCCUGUCCACCCUCACCAGGACGCAGGCCGCAGCGGUGGAACGCCGGGUGACUUCGCUGCAUCAGACAUUGCUACGGCGACGCAACCGCCAACACCUUCCUGAUGUCCGGGACAUAUUUAGACCUCUGGGAAAGGAUGAAGAGCCUCAUAAACUCAGAGGAGGAAGUGAGAACAGACAAAACGAUGCCACAACCGCUGAAACUGAGACCGAGCUGAACGUUGAGGUGGCGUUUUCAGAGCAGGCGCUCUCUUACCGGGAUCAAAGGUUAAAGGUCACCAACAACCUCAACUCACCUGAUGACAAACUACCAAAUUUUAAGCUCCUUCAAGAUAAAACUGGUCAAACUAAAAUAGGAGAUCUGUCUCCUCUGGACAUGAAAAAGGUGCUCCGGCUCGUUCUUGUGGAGGUGACGGCGUUGUUCGACACAGCUGGGAUCGACCUGAAGCCUCAUAAAGCUGUCAAAGUUAAGACUAAAGAAAGCGGUCUGUUUGGCGUUCCUCUUACCACUUUGUUAGACCAAGACCAGAGGCGAGCUCCUGGAACCAAAGUGCCAUUUAUCYUGCAGAGGCUCAUGAAUCAUAUUGAGGAGGAAGGUUUGGACACAGAGGGUCUACUCCGGAUCCCUGGAGCAGCCACUAGAGUGAAGCUGCUGUGCCAGGAGCUCGAGUCGUCUUUUUAUGAAGGGACGUUCCCGUGGAAGCAGCUGAAGCAGCACGAUGCUGCUAGCCUUUUGAAGCUGUUCAUCAGGGAGCUGCCCCAUUCGCUGCUGACUGUGGAGUACCUCAAUGCUUUCAUUGCUGUGAACAAGUUCCCCACCAAGAAGCAGCAGCUGCAGGCUCUGAACCUGCUGGUUCUCUUGCUCCCCGAGGCCAAUCGGGACACUUUGAAGGCCCUGGUGGAGUUUUUCCAGCGUGUGAUCGAUCAUCAAGCCAACAAUAAGAUGACUUUGAACAAUGUUUCCGUGGUCAUGGCGCCCAACAUCUUCAUGUUCAAAGGCUUUCGGUCGAAGGUGACGGAGCAGCAGGAGUUCUCCAUGGCGACCAACACGGCCAACAUCGUCCGGCUGCUGAUCAGAUACCAGCGUAUUCUGUGGAACAUCCCCAAGUUCAUUUUGAAUCAGGUCCGGCAGCAAAACAUGGAGAGUCAGAGGAAACAGAAUAAAGAACGGGCGGUGCUGAAGCUGCUGAAGAAAAUGACCACCGACAAACCGUCUGAGAAAACUAUCCCUGAGGUCUUUGCUUACGACCAGGAGAACUCGCAGGGGUUCAUUCGAGUUCAAGCCCCACAGUUCAGUAAAGUUUCCAUGGCUGUUCAACUGACAGAAGAAUUGCAGGCUGCUGACGUGUUAACUCGCUUCCUCAGCCAAGACAGUUCAGUGGCAAUAAAGAAAGAAGACCUGUGUCUUUAUGAGAUGGGUGGAAACAUCAAGGAGAGAUGCCUCGAUGGAGAAACAUACAUGAAAGACCUUUUCCAGCUGAACCCGACRGCAGAGUGGGUCAUUAAAACCAUUCAGCGAUAAAACUCUAGAAACAUGUUGGAUCCAACUCUGAGUCCUGCUGAGGCCACAUGACAGCUAGUUCUCUGUAAUUUUUGGAUACRUUUGGACCUUUUUUUUUUUAACAUGUAGCAGAAGAUUACUUGUUCCUGACAUCAAUCCAAGUCCAGUGGCAGUUUAAGAAGUUAUAAAAACUUUACUAAAAUGGAAGGAAAUUAUUCCCACAUUUAGUCUAUAAGCUGUCGAUGUGCUGCUAAAUCAAAUUUUGAGCAUCAAAUACCACUUAACUGAAGAAUGUAAAAGUUCAUUAAACUUAAACCACUUUGUAAAAGCUUGUUUUUAAUCCAUAUCCACUGGUGGGGGAAAAAAUCCAGCUUGUUUCUGUACUGUGAUUUAUUGCUUUUUUUUACUUUAACAUGUUUGCAGUAAAUAGAUUACAAGGAUGCUGUUGUGCAAUAAUUUUUAAGGACUGCAGAAUAGCCAGAGCACGCUAUGACGACAUUUUAGGUACAAUUCAUCCAUUGUACAUUUAGUUUUUCAAAAUGGAUGUUUGAGUGUGUUUAAUAUGAGAAUCAUGUAGAAAAAUCAGUUUGACACUUCUGCACAGAUUAUAAUCCACACAGUUUUACACGUGCUACAAUAGUGUGUGUGCAGGUUCACGUAGAAUAAAUGAAAUUGACAGUUUUGUUUUGUACCAAAGACUAGAUUGUUUUAAUGAUGAGUUGAUAAGUGCACAUUUUAAACUGAUAAUCUGCUGUUUUUUAAAUGGUCCUAUAACAUGAUACAUUUGCACACACAGUGUCUUAAAUAUUUUUAAUUUAACUGAUGGCAGAUGCUGUACAAGUACAUUAAUAAAACCUGCUUUAUGCCAGUAAAAGACAUUUUUGCUCACUGGCACUUGUUUUCAACAAAGCUUUUACAACAGCUUGCUGAGGAYAAUACAAUAUAUCUGCACUGAAAAGUCAUACUUCACAAAUGUUUCUGCUCUGGAAAAGCUUAAAUAUYUGAUUAUUUGUAAUAUUCAAACACUGUCACUCCAUCUUGUUUUAAGUUCACUUUGAUUUUACAAAAGGAAAGAAAAAUCUGUUGUUGCCUUUUAAUAAAUGACCACUGACUGUUAAUAAACCUGCUGUUAUUAAUUACA